CACUUCUUCUCGCGCAGACGCUGAGACGCGCAGCUCCCUGUUGAAGGCAACCCAAAGCCCUGCACACCGGCCAUGUCGUCCUCCAACCGCGUGGCGCUGGUCACCGGGGCCAACAAGGGCAUCGGCUUCGCCAUCGUGCGUGACCUGUGCCGGGAGUUCCCGGGGGACGUGGUGCUCACGGCGCGGGACGAGGCGCGGGGUCGGGCGGCCGUGCAGCAGCUGCAGGCGGAGGGCCUGAGCCCGCGUUUCCACCAGCUGGACAUCGAUGACCGGCAGAGCAUCCGCGCCGUGCGCGACUUCCUGCGCAAGGAGUACGGGGGCCUCGACGUGCUGGUCAACAACGCGGGCAUCGCCUUCAAGACUGCUGAUACCACACCAUUUCACAUUCAAGCAGAGGUGACUAUGAAAACAAACUUCUUUGCCACCAGAGAUGUGUGCACAGAGCUCCUGCCUCUGAUAAAACCGCAAGGCAGAGUGGUGAAUGUAUCCAGCUUUGUCAGUGUCAACUCUCUAAAGAAAUGCAGCCCUGAACUGCAGCAGAAGUUUCGAAGUGAGACCAUCACGGAGGAGGAGCUGGUGGGGCUCAUGAACAAGUUCGUGGAAGACACAAAGAACGGAGUGCACAGGAAGGAGGGCUGGCCCGAUACCGCAUAUGGAGUGACGAAAAUCGGAGUCACGGUCCUGUCCAGAAUCCACGCCAGGAAACUGAGUGAGCAGAGAGGAGGCGACAAGAUCCUCCUCAAUGCCUGCUGCCCAGGGUGGGUGAGAACCGACAUGGCAGGACCCAAAGCCCCCAAAAGCCCAGAAGAAGGAGCAGAGACCCCUGUGUACUUGGCCCUUCUGCCCUUGGAUGCCGAGGGGCCUCAUGGAGAGUUUGUUUCUGAGAAAAAAGUUGUGCAGUGGUGAGCUCACUCACAGCUCCACCCAUGGGUCUGUUUAUAUUGCUGUCCCAGAUUCACCAAACAUACACUGACAAAAUUAUCCCUAUGCAGAAAAAAAGAAAAAGGAAUCAAAAUAUCCAGAUCAAGUUCUCACUGGGAGACGGCUGCUAAUGUUGUAAAGAGUUUUCUGAUUUCUUCUGUGAUCCCAGGGGAGGAAAAGUGGGAUGGGUGACAAAUAAUAAAAAUAAACAAUUCUUUAUAAAUGUCCAUUUGUGCAAACUCUUAAAUGGUGAAUCUGCUCCAUUAUUCGUAAUAGCUGAAGCUAGUUUGGUGGACAUGUGGGUGUCUAGUAUUAGUUCCAUUUUUCUAUUUAAAAUUUUUCAGGACAAACAUCUGGAACCAGAGAGUCCUGGCUCUGCCCCCUUCCUGGAUGACCUAGAGCCAAAAUCCAGCAGGAUACUACUCCCUAACCCAGGGAAACCUGCUCAGUGUUACGUGGCAGCCUGGGAGGGAGGGGAGAUUGUAGAGAACCAAUACAUGAAUACGUGUGGCUGAGUUCCUGUGCUGUCCCCCUGAAACCGUGGUGACAGCUGACAGCGUUGUCAAUCAGCGAUGAGGGUGUUAGUCGCCCAGUCCUGUCUAGCUCUUGGCAGAUCUGUGGAUAGCUGUCUGCAAUUCCAUGGACUGUGGCCCACUGGGCUCCUCUGUCCAUGGGAUUUCGCAGGCAAGAAUACUGGAGUCAGUUGCCAUUUAUUUCUCCAGGGGAUCCUCCCAACCUAGGGAUCAAACCUGGGU